AUGGCUCUCUUCCGGAAAUUGUUCUAUCGGAAGCCACCGGACGGGCUUCUGGAAAUCUCCGAGCGUGUUUACGUAUUCGAUUGCUGCUUUACUACUGAAGUUUGGGAUGAAAAAAACUACAAGAAGUAUGUCGGAGGUGUAAUUAGUGAACUCCGGGAGAACUAUCCAGAUGCUUCAAUUCUGGUCUUUAAUUUCCGCGACGCAGAGUGGCAAAGCCGGAUUGCAAAUGCUUUGUCUGAAUAUGAUAUGACCAUAAUGGAUUACCCUCGGCACUAUGAGGGUUGCCCAUUACUCCCUAUGGAGGUUAUCCAUCAUUUUCUGAGGUCUAGUGAAAGCUGGCUGUCACUUGGACUACAGAAUUUGCUUGUGAUGCACUGUGAGCGUGGUGGUUGGCCAGUUUUAGCUUUCAUGUUAGCUGCAUUGUUAAUAUAUAGGAAACAAUACAGUGGGGAGCAAAAGACUUUGGAUAUGGUUUAUAAACAGGCUCCAAGGGAAUUGUUACAUUUGCUAGCACCGUUGAAUCCAAUUCCUUCUCAGUUGCGGUACUUGCAGUAUAUAUCACGGAGAAAUCUAGUGUCACAGUGGCCUCCAUUGGAUAGGGCUCUUUCCUUGGACUGUAUAAUAAUCAGAAUGAUACCCAAUAUUGACGGAGAAGGUGGUUUCCGACCCACAUUUCGUAUUUAUGGUCAAGACCCCUCUCUUGUUGGUGAUCGUAGUCCAAAGGUUCUUUUCUCUACUCCAAAGAGAAGUAAAGCUAUUCGACAUUACAAGCAGGCAGAGUGUGAGUUAGUGAAGAUUGACAUUAACUGCAACGUUCAAGGUGAUGUGGUUUUGGAGUGUACAAACUUACAUGAUGACAUGGAGCGCGAGAGGAUGAUUUUCCGGGCCAUGUUUAACACUGCUUUUAUUAGAUCCAAUAUUUUAAUGCUCAACCGCGAUGAAAUCGACAUAUUGUGGGAUGCCAAGGAUCUGUUUCCAAAAGAUUUUAGGGCAGAAGUGCUUUUCUCUGAGAUGGAUGCAGCUGCUUCUGUAAUCGCUACAGACAUGUCCUGUUUUGAAGAGAAGGAGGGCCUUCCAGUGGAGGCUUUCGCUAAAGUUAAUGAAAUAUUUAACAGUGUGGACUGGCUGACUCCCAAAGCAGAGGCUGCUCUCAGUGUGAUCCAACAGGUGGCUGCGUCAAAUGUUGCCCGAGAGAUGCUCUCCCCUCAUGUUACAGAAAUCAGCGCACUGGCACAAGAUGGACCAAUUGAGAAACUUCAGGAGAAAAUAAUGUCACUGGCACUUGAAGAAAGUGGAAAGAGCUCCUCAAUAAUGGAAUCAAAUGACCUGUCUAGCUCUGCUACUAGUUCAUUCUCGGAUGAAAAUGUGAAUAAGCUGACAACAAAAUUUCAAUUUUCGGAGACUAGUUCAGAGACUGGAAAACUAGAGCUACCGCAGGAAGUUAGUAUCAGUACUGACAAACAUAAUGUUACAAAUCCAGCUCUAUCUUCAUCUCUCUUAUCACCUGAUUAUCUUUCAAAAUCUUAUCACACACGUCUCUCAUCACCCAAGGAGUCCAUAAUGAAGUUGCCAGAAAGUGAUAAGAUGACCAUCCCCACUGCCUCUGGUGCUGAGACAGCCUCCACUGAGUUUCUUACUUGUUCAAAUAAGCCUUCAUCCCUUGCUCCAGCACCACCACCUCCUAUCACCCCUCUGAUAGAGAAAUUAUCCAGUAGCAGUAGAGUACCUACUCCACCAACUCCACCACCUCCUCCUAAUGUACCAAGAGCUGAGAAUUUGUCUAGUGAUGCUAAGUCGGAUUCAGCUGCCUCUUCUUUACAUGUAUCCCCUCUGAAAAUGCAGCUUGCUCCAGCUACUCCUGAGAUGGAAGAUAAAGCUAAAAGAAUCAAGUCACCACCAUCUGAGUUGCCUAACAUUGCUUCUUCUUCAGCAGAAAAUGUAUCUCAGAAAACCGUGGCAGCUCCUCUGUCUCCCCUUGCUUCUUCUAAAACAGACGGUGCACCUGAUGGAAGUAUGCAACGUCCAACUUCUUCAACUCUUCGUGAAUCAGGUAAGCAACAUUCGCGACCUCUUCAAACUUCAAGUGCUUUUCUUCCUGAAAUUGAAGCCCAAAGAACUGGAUCAUCAGCUGCGCCCACACCUCCACCUCCUCCUCUGCCCUCUCAACCUGAAAUUGCUUCUUCAACAGUGCAGUAUAGCCCCCCUCCCCCAAGUCUGCCUCCUUCGACGUCAUCCCUAGUUAAGGGCUCCUCUCUAAAAGCCGGACAGGCGCCACCCCCGCCGCCGCCGCCACCACCACCACCACCUAUAGCUCUGAAUUUAAAAGAAACUUCAACUUCUACAUCUGGAGUAUUUCACACUUCCACGCCUCCUUCUCCACCUUUGAAGGAGAAUGCAGCCUUUGUAGGUGGAAGCAUUCCGCCACCUCCUCCUCCUCCUCCUCCUCCGGCAUCUUCUAUGAAGGAUUCACCUCCUAGGGUUGGUCCACCUCUACCUCCGCCACCUCCUCCUCCUCCAUUGCCCCUUAUGAAGGAGGGUUCCACUCCUGGGGGUGGGGCAUCUCCACCACCACCACCUCCUCCUCCAAUGCCCCCUAUGAAGGAAGGUUCUACUCCAGGGGCUGGAGCACCUCCACCUCCACCUCCUCCUCCAAUCUCUCCUAUGAAGGAGAUUUCUACUGCAAGGGGUGGGCCACCUCCACCACCACCACCUCCUCUUCAUUCUGGAACUACAGCUGGACAGUCAAGUUCACCUUUGGCACCUCCACCUCCCCCUCCUCCUAUGACAUCUGCUUCUGCAAAGCAUGGCUCUUCUAGUAUUCCUUCAGCACCUCCUCCUCCUCUUUCUUCUAAAGAAAAUAUGUCUCCAGUUGCAGUUGGCGGGGGUGGUAAAUUGGCAGGAACCCCUUCACCGCCCCCGCCUUCUGCUCCUCUGCCUGGUGCAAAAGGAAGAUCAAUGUUGUCAAGAACAAUAACUUCAAAAAAUAAUCAGUCAAAGAAAUUGAAGCCUUUGCAUUGGCUGAAAUUGACAAGAGCUGUGCAAGGAAGUUUGUGGGCAGAGACACAGAAAUCUGGUGAAGCUUCCAAGGCCCCUGAUAUUGAUAUCACGGAACUCGAAUCUCUCUUCUCUGCUGCAGUUCCUACCUCAGACCAAGGUGGCUCUGGCAAGAAAGGAAGUUCACGGGCUUCGCUGGGACAGAAACCAGAGAAAGUUCAACUGAUUGAACAUCGCCGGGCGUAUAAUUGUGAGAUCAUGCUCUCAAAGGUGAAGAUACCAUUACCUGAUUUGUUGAGUUCAGUUCUUGCCUUGGAAGAAUCUGCCCUAGAUGUCGAUCAGGUUGAGAACCUAAUAAAGUUCUGCCCAACAAAAGAGGAAAUGGAGCUGCUGAAGGGUUAUAAGGGUGAGAGAGAUAAGUUGGGGAAGUGUGAACAGUUCUUCUUGGAGCUGAUGCAAGUACCAAGGAUAGAACCGAAGUUGAGAGUUUUCUCAUUUAAAAUUCAGUUCCGUGGCCAGGUCUCGGAGCUGCAGAAGAAUCUAAAUAUUGUAAACUCAGCAGCUGAUCAGAUUAGAAAUUCUGCCAAAUUGAAGAAAAUUAUGCAAACAAUCCUUUCACUGGGAAACGCCCUGAACCAGGGAACUGCAAGGGGCUCUGCAGUAGGUUUCAGAUUGGAUAGCCUACUCAAACUCACCGAAACACGGGCCAGAAACAACAAGAUGACUCUUAUGCAUUACCUUUGCAAGGUUCUAGCUGAUAAACUGCCUGAACUUCUAGAUUUUUCAAAAGAGCUUUCUAGUUUGGAACCUGCUGCAAAGAUUCAACUGAAAUUCUUGGCGGAGGAAAUGCAAGCUAUUAGUAAAGGACUUGAGAAAGUUGUACAGGAACUUUCCAUGUCUGAAAACGAUGGGGCUGUGUCUGAGAACUUUUGUAAGGCUCUGAAGGAGUUUCUAGCAUAUGCUGAAGGUGAAGCGAGAUCCUUGGCUUCGUUGUACUCUGGAGUGGGUAGGAAUGUGGAUGCAUUGAUUCUUUACUUUGGGGAGGAUCCAUCCCGUUGUCCAUUUGAACAAGUAAUAUCUACUAUUCUGAAUUUUGUGAGAAUGUUCAAUCGAGCUCAUGAGGAGAACUGCAAGCAGAUUGAGUUCGAGAGAAAGAAAGCUGAAAAGGAAGCUGCAGAGAAACUGAAGUUAAGAGUUAGGUGUAGGAUUUCUGAUAGUGAGAGGAGGAUCAACAUGCGGACUUCAGGGAACUUAGGUUCAUCAGUUAGCAUAAUUCUUGUAGUUUCUAGGACCCAAUCAAAGAAGAAUGUGAAUAUCGGCACCUGUUUGAAGUCGGUGGCUUUUGUAUAUUACCAAAAAAGGAAAAACACAGCAGUAUCAACUCAAAGACUUCCCGUUUUUACCUUUGAUUCGUUGAUUCAUUUCUGGUAA